AUGGACAAGCUUACCAUUCCGGCUUUGACGAAGGCCAACCUCGAUAAACACCAGAGGAACCUUCCCGAAAUAAAAUUGCUCAAAGCGAAAGAAGGAGUGCACGGUUUUCUCUCCAACUUGAAAUUUAAACUGUCCGAAUGCACCCGCGACAGUUGCCGCAUCCGCGACGCUGAAAGUGUGUACAUCGCCAGCAAUGACGAGCUCGGUUAUCGAGGCACUCAAGAGCCCAAACUCGACCUGGAUGAUCCCCUUUUUUGGAAGCACCGACUCCUCAAGUUCGAAACCAUAUACCAGCCCAUCAUCAAGCUAGAAUCGGCCAAGAGUGCCGUCGUGGGGUAUAUCAUCUCCAUCUAUCAACUUGGACGUGAAGGUUUCCAGUUUCUGAAAGAUUACGAGAUUUAUUUGGCGGCCCCCAAACCAGAUCUCAGCUUGCUCCGCUAUCGGUCCGAAGCACCCAACCUGGAAUCCCUCGAGUAUUGGCAAUUUCAAGUGAAAUGUCUGCAGGAGAAAUACUCUCAGAUUUGUCGGCAAAAGUUUGGGUGGGAAUCUGAUUUAACAAACCCAGCCCGGCAAAUCGAACAGAACGCACCUGUACAACCCAACGAGUAUUUUGUGGAGGACCCGACUUCUGCUUCGACCUCCAUUUCGAGCUUACUCAGGCAGGAGGAGCGACGUCGGGUCACAGACAGGUGGCUGGGCACCGCAUCAACACCCGACAACAGCCUGCCACCGGCGACGCAGCUCUCAUUCUCGUAUGAAACGAAUGUCCGGAGCAGCGCGGGGUCAGGUGCUGAAGGGCUCCUACUUCUCCCGAGCCCACUAUGGUAUAAUGCAAAGCGGAAUCGCGUCCGAGGUUCCGUUCGUGACUUGCUCUUGGGGUUGCGCAAUCAUUGCGGCAAGGAAGGCCGGCAGUUUGUGGACGCCGAUGUCUAUGUUGCCGAUGAUAUUGCACAACGUCGUGGCAAAGGUUCAAGCCUAGAGGCCGAAAUCGCCAGUGGCUACAUUAACGUUCCCGUCAUUGCUAGAGAUAUUGCCUUCUGGGAAGAAAAGGAAGUUGAUGUUGGGAAUAAAUACCGACUCUUAAAUGGAAUAUCGUCGAGUUCAGAUCUUGAAGGCAAUGACCGAUCGGGUGCUGACCGUUCAAGCUUAACACCACAAGUAAAGGGGACAGGCAGAAGGGGGAAAUAUCAAUUUCAGGAGGUUCUAGCCUGCGAUAACCAGGAAAAUCGACCAUCAACUGCUCCAACACCGGUCCGACAGCCCAAUAACAUAUUUGAAGGGAGACCUCCUCGACGGAAACGAAAAGCAGAUGCUGCCUUUGAACAGCCCGAAACCACACGCCGUACUGCACAAUCGCGUGCGAGCCGGCGUCUCGGUGGGAAACCGCCGGAAUUCCCUGGGCUUUAG